AUGAGGGGUAGAAAUAUAGAAAAUGCACUAUUUAAAUUGGAUCUAUUAGAGUGUAAAUUCCAUAAUUUGGAUCCACCGAGGUUUAACAAAACACAGGAGAUAUGCCACUCUCGUAAAAACAACUACAAAUUACUUGAAGUGCCAGAUGAAGAGGCGGAGGAGCUUAUAAAAAGAUAUCAGCAUGAACAGUUUGAGUUAAAAUAUGAUGAGUUUUAUGGAAAGUUAGAAAAAGUUUUAAAUAAGCUACUAAAGCAGGAAAAGAAGUCAAGUGAUAAGUUUAAACGUGCGGUGGAAGUCGUGGAAAAGGAUGAUGCGCUAAGAAAACUGAAUCUCCGAUUUAAGCUGGACAAAACAAUAUCGAAGAUUUUUAAGAGGAAAAUUAAGGAGAAGUCACAAAUCAUCCCAAAGACGUUCUACGUUGAGUAUAAAGAUAUCCAUCUGCGGAACCCUCAUGAAUCGAACACGAAAGAAAUCGAUACGCUAUUCUCGAAACUGUUUGGAAAGGUCAUAUUUAGAGAUUGUAUAGAAAAAAUGAAGGUUCAAUUUAAAUUAAUUCUUGGACCUGUGAGACAAGAAUAUUCAAAUAAGGAUUCAGCGAAAUCUAUAGAAGAAAACCAUGCCAAUGAAAUAGAACAAAAAGGAACAGGAGAGGAUGCUAAAGCAAAUACAGUUGAGACAACCAUGAACAAUGAAUUAGAUAUUGAGAAGCAUAUAGGUGAACAUGCCACAAACGGUAAUUCUGAAGACGGAAAUAAAAAGACAGGGGAAAUGGCAUUGAAAGAAGGGCAAGAAGAAGUAGAAACUGAGGAUGAGGAAGUUCAAAAUGAAGUAAAUACCGGAUCAGCGUCUGAGUUGGAUGAUUUCUUUAAGGAAGAUACGGAAAGUGAAAGGACUACAGGAAAAGGAGAUAGAAAGAAAAUUGUCCUUCCAGCUAUUAUGUCAGGUUAUUAUUCUGGUGAUGAGGAUGAAGAUGAACUAGAAAAGGCAGACAGAGAUAAUGAGGUGCAAAAAGUUACGUCAAAACAUCGGAAAAACAGACGAGGACAAAGGGCCCGUAGAAAAAUAUGGGAGAAGAAGUUUGGAAAAAAUGCUAAACAUUUGGUGAAAGAACGCGAAGAAUGGCAUGCAAAGCAGCAAAGGCUUGAACAUGAGUAUGAAAUAAGGGUAGAGAAGCGUGCAGAAAAGCAGAAAAAGCACGAGGAAUGGAUGGAGAAACAGAAGGAGAAAAAGAAGGAAAUAGAAGCUUUGAAGAAUAAACCUCUGCAUCCUUCAUGGACAGCUAAGCGGAAGCUUGAAGAAAGUCUAGCCCAUGUAAAGUUUGAAGGUAAGAAGCAGAAAUUUGCAUAA